CUGUCAAUCCUGCAUCUUCAUUUACAGAGCUUUGUCCAUAUUGUCUGCAGUUGAGCAUCUCUCCGUUCAAUCGGACGUCUGAGCACCUCUCAUGAGCUGUCAGAUGCGUGAGGCAGAGCCUUAGCCGAGACUUUGCAUGAACCGGUGUUACAAUGGCCGGACAUGACAAUGCAUCUAUCCUACGUACCGGGGAGCAACAGGCCAACAUCGCUAUCGCGUUCAUUGUUUUAGCCUGGGUUUUCAUUGCACUCCGAGUGUGGACCCGCACUUAUAUGAUUGCUAACUUCGGCUGGGACGAUGCUACCAUGAUACUUGCAGGCUGGGUCAUCGUAGGUCAAGCGACCUAUCUCCAAACAGUCAUGUUUGUUAAGAUAUCUCUUGGUAUAUUCUUCGCCCGCAUUGUCGUAGACCGCUGGCAUCUGCUCACCAUCUAUGUGACCGUUGGGUUGAACAUCGUCUCCUCUACGGCCAGCUUCUUCUACGUGCUCCUGCGAUGCGGCCCAAAUCUCGACAACUAUGUUUAUCGGCAACUGGCAUGGAAAUGCACUCCGCGCCCUCUAGAUCGAUUCUUCGCAUAUCAAUCUGCUAGCGUCACGACUGUCACAGAUUGUGUAUUCGCUGUCCUGCCGAUCUUUAUGCUCUGGAACGCCACCAUGGACAGACGAGCCAAGCUUUCUGUCGGAUUCAUUCUAUCACUGGGAGCAUUAGGAUGUAUAUGUUCAAUGAUUCGAUUCCAAUACGUCGAUGGUUUAACCCAAAUUCAGGACUACUUCUGGAAUGCAGCCAAUAUUGCUAUCUGGUCCACAAUAGAACCAGGCGCCGGCAUCAUCGCCGGAUGUCUCGCAACACUCCGACCUCUCCUCAAAACAUGUAUGACACAGGCUCGCUCAAUGCGUUCAUCCGCAUCCCGAACCUCGAAAAGCCUCUCUCCAUCAUUGCCAUCCAGCAACAAGUCGUCGAGCAGAAAGUAUACUACAAAGAACAGUACCAUCAACACAGUGUCGAGGCAGCACGCGGUCCCGGCAACAGAUACUUUCGAUCACUAUCUAAGAACCAUCGGGAUGUCGUCUGGAGCCAGUGGGAAGGGCGAAAGCACUGACAAUAUCCUUUUGCAGCCAAUUGCUGAGAUCCACGACUCGUUAAUGCAGGGUCCGAAGCAAGAUGCUGAGCCGCCUGCUGGCUAUGAGAGGAAAAUACCUACGAUUAGGGAUAGGCCGGCGAAUCGGGAUGCAAAUUGGCAAUGACCGAUGAUGUUAUGCAGGAGUACAGAUGACAUGGGAAUACACCAUCUCGUGGGUGUUCGCGUC